CUUCUUCAUCGUCGCCAGGUCCAUCAAUCCCCAGGCAAUCCCAGGCAAUCCCCAGGCAAUCCCCAGGCAAUCCCGGGCAACACCCCCCCCCAAGCAUCACUCCCCGCCUCCCGCGCUGCCAUGAACGCCCUGCUCGACAACCAGUGUCCUCUGGACGAGAACAUCACCAAGCUCAUACUCGGUGGUCUCAUCUCCGUCGGCCUGUUCGCCUCGUACAUCCCCCAGGUCUACAAGCUCUUCCAGACCAAGACUUCCGAGGGCCUGUCCAUCUGGUUCCUCUUCCUCGGAUGCCUCGGAGUCACCUCGACCUUCUUCAACGUCCUCCUCCUGCAGUUCAACGUCGUCCAGUGCUGCACCCACGCCUGGUCGCCCCUGCUCUGCGCCGAGAACUCGAUGGGUCUCGUCCAGACCGCCGUUGGUCUCUUCUGCUUUAUCGUGAUUUUUGCCCUGUUCUUCUACUUCUACCCCCAGGACCAGAAGGUCACCCACCUCCGAUCCAGCGUCACCGGCGAGAUCCGCCAGGUUCUCUCCAAGGGUUACCGUGAGGAUAUCUACAUUGGUGUUGCCAACCUGCUCUACAUCCUCGUCGCUGCCAUCACCGCCACCGUUCUGCUCGUUGGCCAGCUCGAUGUCCAGUGGGUCGCCGGUGCCUUCGGCCUCAUUGCCCUCCUCGGCUCGCUCUUCCAGUUUAUCCCCCAGAUCUGGCAGACCUGGACCACUCGCUCCGUCGGCGCCCUCAGUGUUCCCAUGAUCCUGAUCCAGUGCCCCGGUGCCUUUGCCUUUGCCUACUCCCUCUUCAUCCAGCCCAACACCAACUGGACCUCUUGGGCCUCGUACUUUGCCGCCGGUGUCCUCCAGGUCGUCCUCCUGAUCAUCUGCGUCUUCUUCACCAAGAAGUCGCCCGAAGACCAGGCCGCCGCCCGUCCUCUCCUCCACUAAGCGCCACCGUCCCCAUCUCAACCGCCGACCGCCUUAUCUUUCUUUGCCAUCUCUGCAUUGUGUGCAUGUCGAUUUCGUGUUUUGUUUUUGACCAUGUCUGAGUAUUGGUGUGCGCCGGAUGGACGGACUUUGCAUUCGGCGCACAGUCUGUUGGGAACCACAUGGGAUUGCUGGAGAACAAGUUUCUGGCCCUGACCGAUAGAGCAGAAUAUACUCGCUAUUCAAUAUCUGCGGUGAUGCAAACAGA